AUGUCUCAGGGAGACUUGGAUCUCAUUCAGACCAAACUUAAAUUGGCAAUUCAGAAUCAUCAGACUCUUGUUUCCAAGUUAAAAAGUGAUCCAAAGAAUCAAAUUAUGAAGAACAAACUAAGAGAGCUUCAAGUUGAAAUUAUGCAUUUAAGUGAAAGACAAAAACUGGCUGUACAGAAUUUAAGAAAGGAAAUAGUACAAAAGCAACCUGUUACUAAAAGUAUAAAUACUGGAGUACAACAAUAUGUAUCUAUAGCUCCUCAGCCUGUAAAUAUAAAUACUGGUACCACUACACUAUUAAACACUACUACCACACCAGUUAAUUUUGUUACUAUACCAACUGCUCAUAUACAGAAAACCUUACCACAGCCUGUUGUUAGUUCUAAUUGUUCUGUUAAUGAUUUGAAAUUAAAUCAACAAAAAAUCAACAAUAACAACAUAAUCAAUCGUAGUUCAUCACCACCAAUAAGAGUACCCCAUUAUCAAAUGAAUAAUAAGUCUAGCUUAAUUAUACAGAAUAAAGUACAGUGCAAUGAUAAAAAUAAUAGAGUUACUGAUAAACCUAACAGUAAUGAAAUGAAGAAGCCAUUUGAUAAAAAACCUGUCAAUUUAGAAGAAAAAUUGAAAAUUCAGUUUAUGGCAGCAUUAGAUUUGGUCACUCCAGAAACAUUAAAGGAAUUACAGUGUAAAAGAACAGAAAGAAAGAGAAGAUCAACAGCUAAUCCUCAAUUUAGUUAUAUAGAACCUGAGAAAAGACAAAGAGUUGCUGGUUAUAUGAUCAAUAAUAUUCCUACAAUAGUUAAAAGAGGUAGAGGUAGGCCACCAAAAUAUGGCACUUCACCUACCAAUAGUCGACCAAAUACUCCUACAACACCACACUCUACUGUUGAUACUGGUGUAUUAGACCAUAUACCAUCUCUUAAUAAUAACCAGAAUAUUAUACCACACUCUACUGUUGAUACUGGUGUAUUAGACCAUAUACCAUCUCUUAAUGAUAAUAACCAGAAUAUUAUACCACACUCUACUGUUGAUACUGGUGUAUUAGAUCAUAUACCAUCUCUUAAUAAUAAUAAUCAGAAUAUUAUACCACACUCUACUGUUGAUACUGGUGUAUUAGAUCAUACACCAUCUCUUAAUAAUAAUAACCAGAAUAUUAUACCACACUCUACUGUUGAUACUGGUGUAUUAGAUCAUACACCAUCUCUUAAUAAUAAUAACCAGAAUAUUAUACCACACUCUACUGUUGAUACUGGUGUAUUAGAUCAUAUACCAUCUCUUAAUAAUAAUAACCAGACAGAAGAUUAUUCGUGUGCUGUUUGUAAAGGAAGGGGACAAGUUUUACAGUGUAAUAGUUGUUAUAAAGUUUAUCAUAUGAAGUGCUUAGAACCACCAUUAUCAUACGUACCUACAGGAUAUUGGUGUUGUACAGCUUGUCAGACUAAUGGUACUGUUUUAUCAUUAAAUGGUAAUGAAUCAAUGGCUUUAGUUAAUUCUUACAUAGCAACAAAAACUGUAAAAGAAGAAGAAAAAAGAAAAUUACAACGAAGGACGACAGAUUUGCUCAAUGAACGUGAACUUUUAAAAGCCAAGUCCAAAGAAUUAGAUGAAAAUUUAACGAGUAAAUUAAAGUGUAAUCAAGAACUUGAAGAACAUAAUAAACAGACAAAAAGAAAAGUGGAAAGUUUGUCCAGUUUUUUACAAAGAUUUACACCAUCUAUGUUAUGUGAGAAGGAUGGCUAGUGUGAUUGUUUAUUUAUUUUCAACUUUAUUAUUUAACAGUAGUAAAUAACUCUUUUUUUAUGUCUAUAAAGUUUGAUGGUUGGUACCAUAGUGCUCAUCUCUGAAGACAUAUGAAAUCUUUGUCAUGUCCAAUAUAAACUAAUUAUUGUCUGAGCAAGCAAAUUUGAAUUUUUUUAAAUUUUUUGAAUUGGAAUAGCAGCUUCAAAAGUACUCUUAGCCUUAGAAUAUCUUUGCGUUGAUAAAAAUAUAAUAUUUUGUAAGUUUAUAUUGAAAAGAAACAAAUUUCCCUCCUAGAAAUAUCAACCAAAUAAAGUCACAAAUUUUGGCUGAAAAUUGUCCUCUGUAAAAACAAAUUUUGAAGACAUAAUGUGUAACAAUGUUUAUGUUUUUAUCAAUGCAAAGACAUUCUAUUUUGAGGCCGAAAUUCCAUUUCUCGUAACAAUAAUGGGAAAAAUUCAAAAAACUUUUUUCUUUGCUCAGGCAAUAAGUUGUCCAAUUUGAUCUUAUACUUAAUGACUGGUUUGCUUAGUUAAUUUAUCAUUGAUAAUCAAAUUAUGUACGGAUAUUAACUUAGAUACAGGCAGAUGGACUACAAAACUGAGAAGGUAUCAGGGUUGAAUUUAGACUGAAAAAUUUGAUCAGCAAUUUAUCACACCAAAUUUUAAUUUUGGCUAUUCAAGUUAAAUUUUUAACU